AUGGCCCCGGCUGACAAGCAAGCAGAUGUCAGACAAUCUGAUCUCAACCGGACUGUCACUUUGAACGACCUACCUAGCUGGAAACGUUAUAACAUGCAUAUUCUUACCGGAUACCGAAGGUCGCAAGAGAGUUGGAGAGGCUGCGUUCAAUCCAUCUAUGCUUAUGUGCAUAACGAAACCGGAAACAUACAUACUCACUUGUGGGGCGGCGUGCUCUUCCUAUAUCUUCUGAUCACAGUGGAUCCAUCGCAACUCACAUCUGGCCAAACGACAUGGGUUGACUCGGCAGUGUUCUCAAUUUUCUUCGCUUCAGCCGCAUUUUGUCUCUUGUCCAGUGCGACAUUCCACGCGUCGCUCGCCCAUCAAUCCCCAGAAGUCUGCUGUCGUUGCCAGGCCUUUGAUUAUGUUGGAAUUACCGUUCUGAAUUUGGGGUCCUUCUGUCCAUUGCUCUACUAUGGAUUCUUCUGCGAACCGGAGGCGCUAAGGCUCUACGGCCUAUCUGUUCUCUUGCUGAAUGCCGCUGGUGUCUUUGUUGUUGUUGAUCCCGAAUACGCGAAACCCACACAUGUCGCUCGACGCACUGCAAUUUUCGUGGGAAUGAGUUUCAUCGUGGUCAUUCCGAUGCUUCACUGGUUCGUUGUAUAUGGACUAGCGACGACACUUACAGGGAUGGGUUUGAAGUGGUUCCUCUUGUCCUCGUCCAUCUACUUCGGAGGUGCCUUGCUGUAUGUGAACCAGAUACCAGAAUGCUUCAAUCCCGGUGCUUACGACUUCCUCUUCAACUCCCAUCAGAUCUUCCAUGUCUGCGUGGUUAUGGGUGCUUACUUCCACUAUGUGUUCAUCUCCAUAGCGCUUGAUUAUUCCUAUACUCAGUCCAGAUGUGCAUAA